AUGGCGACUCGAGAAUCUAGUAGUGAAGACUCGCUGUUCUCUCCUAGUUCCACUUCUUCCAGCACAAUUACACAAUUUCACGGUGAUCAAGGUGAUCAACCGGCGCUCCAAAAGCCCUCCACUAACGGUGCCCAUAAUGUGCAACACGAAAGAACGAGGCCGAAGAACGGUGGUGACGGUGAUAUUGAAAAUCACCCCACAUCCAAUAGUGAUUUGAAAAAUGUGGACGCUCCGAAGCCUAAGAAACAACUCCUGAAGCUACUCAAUGAUGCCUACAAAUACUCGUCCUAUGUCGAAUAUAGUUUACCUACGAGCUUUCUGCGGUCGAGAGCAAAGCCAACAAACACAAAUGACGAUCAGGUACAGAUAAAUGAUGUUUCGUCCAAAGACGUAGAUAAUCGCCGUAAGAGAGCUGCCAAUGGCAAUGGAAGGGGUAACAAGAAGUUGGGUAUUAAAGAUGUAAGUGGGGCGGAAACACAGAAUCAUAAACCAAAAUACACCAGUUCCAACAACAUCACCGCCAAAGAGCGCAAGAGGAGGAAAGGUAUUCAAGAAUUGAAUUCAAAGGAAGGCAGAAAGAAGAAACUGCAUUUGUCAGAUGAAGAGAUAUUAAGGACCGCAGAGCCUGUGACUGAAAAAGCUGUUCAAGAGCAGCAGGAUGUGGAUGAACCUACACUAACUGAUCAAACCUCGGAAAUGAUUCCAUUACUCUAUGAUCUUUUCGAUUUCGAAUAUCUGGAAAAAACCACAAAAUAUGAUGGGACAAUUAGACCGUCCACGGUGUUAGACCAUCAUCAUCAUGUAAACGCCGAGCGAGUGAGACUGAAAUCUAUUCUUUUUCCAGAUUACGAGGAAGAAUAUGUGGUGGACUUCCGAGCGGAUAAUUCCAAAUAUAAUCCGAUGCUUGAAAUUGCAAAACUAAUUGAAAACACAGUCCGAGUAUACCUCCCGGCGAAGUACUUUGAAAACGCGAGGAAGACAAUCGUAAAACCUUUGAAUACUUCCUUCGACAAUGCUGAUCAAGAAACUUUCAUUAAGUGCGUCGUCGCUUAUAAUGAAUUCGUGAGUAAACUAUCUCGGCAAGAAAUCUUGGAGCAUUUAAGAACUGUUCGUGAAGUUCCCAGGGCAUUCUUCCACGAUUUAUUGCAUAUUGUUUACACAAGAGUCAUUCACCCGCAAGUCGGUAAACUGCGGAACUACGAAGCUUUCAGCAACUAUGUGUAUGGUGAACUUUUACCCAAUUUUCUUUCAAAAGUUUACACUCAGUGUGGACUUAAACCAGAUCACAUUUUCAUGGAUCUAGGUUCGGGUGUUGGUAAUUGCGUUAUACAGGCUGCUUUGGAAUUUGGAUGCACCCUCAGCUUCGGAUGCGAGAUCAUGCCUAAUGCCAGUUUGUUGACAGAAGCUCAAUGUGAAGAAUUGAAACAACGAUGUCGGCUUCUUGGUUUAAAUCUGCCUCCUCUCGAAUUUUCUCUGCGGAAGAGCUUUAUUGACAACAAACGUGUAAAUGAAUUACUUGCCAAAUGUGACGUUCUUCUAGUCAACAAUUUCAUCUUUGACGCUGAGAUGAAUAAACAUGUCGAAUCGAUAAUCCAAAACCUAAAGCCUGGAUGCAAGAUCAUCACGUUAAAGAACUUGAGACCACGAGGCUAUACCAUCAAUUUUGAUGACGUUGGGAACAUUCUGAAUCGUUUGCGAGUGCAACGAUUCGAUCUUGAAGAAGAAAGUGUGUCAUGGACACAUAGGGGCGGGGAGUACUUCAUAUCCACCGUUGAAGUUGACAUCGACGAAUCCAUAUUCACAACUUACUCUAAGGGCAGAGUAAGAACCAACAAAAGAGUGAAAUACACUCGAUAG